AUGGCGACGGUGCAGAAACUCCCCCAGAGCAGAAUGCUCGUCCUCCUGUGCGUACUUUGGGCCGCCCUGUGGGAGGCCAGAGCUGGACAGAUCCGCUACUUCGUGCCGGAGGAGAUCGACAAAGGCUCCUUCGUGGGCAGCAUCGCCAAGGACUUGGGACUAGAGCCCCAGGCUCUGGCAGAACGAGGGGUCCGCAUUGUCUCCAGAGGUAGGUCGCAGCUCUUUGCUCUGAACCCGCGAAGCGGCAGCUUGGUUACGGCAGGCAGGAUAGACAGGGAGGAGCUCUGCGCCCAGAGCACGCCCUGUUUGGUGAACUUUAACCUACUACUGGAAGAUAAAUUGACUAUUUAUUCUGUAGAGGUGGAGGUAACAGAUGUUAAUGACAAUGCUCCUCGCUUUGGAGUAGAGGAUCCAGAACUAAAAAUCAGUGAAACAACUACACCAGGAUUCAGGAUUCCUCUUAAGAGUGCACAUGAUGCGGACGUGGGAGAGAACACCCUCCAGAAGUAUAAACUCAACUCAAAUGACCACUUCUCUUUGGACGUGCGAACUGGAGCUGAUGGGAACAAGUACCCAGAGCUGGUGCUCGAGCGUGCCUUGGACCGCGAGGAAGAAGCUGUUCAUCAUCUGGUUCUAGUCGCCUCCGACGGGGGCAAUCCAGUGCGAUCUGGCACCUGCCGCAUCCGUGUGAAGGUCCUUGAUGUGAAUGACAACGUUCCUGUCUUUACACAGCCCGAGUAUCGCGUGAGAGUUCCUGAGAAUACGCCCGUAGGCACCCGGAUACUCACAGUGACAGCCACGGACGCUGAUGAGGGAUACAAUGCCCAAGUGACUUAUUUUCAGGAGCAUGCCCCUGGAGAAACUACAGAUGCAUUUGAGCUAAAGUCAACAUCUGGAGAUAUAACAAUCACAAAAAGUCUGGAUUAUGAGAAAGCUAAGUUCCAUGAAAUCGAUAUUGAAGCUCAGGAUGGCCCAGGCCUUCUGACUAGGACGAAAGUUAUUGUCACCGUUCUAGAUGUCAAUGACAAUGCCCCCGAAUUUUACAUGACAUCUGCCACUGCUUCUGUGCCUGAAGACGCUCCUCUGGGAACGGUAAUUGCACUCUUCAAUGUGCAUGAUAGGGACUCUGGGCAGAAUGCUGUUGUCACGUGUUCACUUCCUGAGAUGCUCCCUUUUAAGUUAGAAAGGUCAGUAGACAGUUACUACCGGCUGGUUACAACCAGAGCCCUUGACAGGGAACAGUUCUCCUCUUACAACAUCACUCUAAGCGCCAAAGAUGAAGGGAGCCCACCUCUGUCCACAGAUGCACACCUUUUACUGCAGGUGGCAGAUAUCAAUGACAACCCACCUUCCUUCCCCCGGAGAGCCUACUCCGCCUACAUUCCUGAAAACAACCCCAGAGGCACCUCCAUCUUUUCAGUGCUGGCCUAUGACCCUGACAGUAACGACAAUGCCCACGUAACCUACUCUUUAGCUGAAGACAGCUUUCAAGGAGCACCCCUGUCCUCCUACAUCUCCAUCAACUCUGACACUGGAGUCCUCUAUGCUCUCCGCUCCUUUGACUAUGAGCAGUUCCAAGACUUGCAGCUGUGGGUGAUAGCAGUGGACAGUGGGAACCCUCCACUGAGUAGCAAUGUGUCAUUGAGCCUGUUCUUAGUGGACCAGAACGACAACAUGCCUGAGAUCCUAUAUCCUGCCCUCCCCACAGACGGGUCCACUGGUGUGGAACUAGCGCCUCGAUCUGCAGACCCUGGAUACCUGGUGACCAAAGUGGUGGCAGUAGACAAAGAUUCAGGACAGAACGCCUGGCUAUCCUACCGCCUGCUCAAGGCCAGUGAGCCAGGGCUCUUCUCGGUGGGGUUGCACACGGGCGAGGUGCGCACUGCUCGGGCCCUCCUGGACAGAGAUGCUCUGAAACAGAGCCUGGUGGUGUCUGUGCAGGAUCACGGCCAGCCUCCUCUCUCUGCCACUGUCACACUCACCAUAGCAAUAGCUGACAACAUCCCUGAAGUCCUGGCUGACCUGGGCAGCAUCAGGAUCCCUGCCAACUCUGAUGAUUCGGAACUCACUCUCUACCUGGUGGUGGCAGUGGCUGUGGUCUCCUGUGUCUUCUUGGCCUUUGUCAUUGCGCUGCUGGCGCUCAGGCUCCGGCGCUGGCACUCAUCGCGCCUGCUCCAGGCUGGCGGAAAUGGAUUGGCUGGCAUACCAGCCUCUCACUUUGUGGGUCUAGAUGGGGUGCAAGCUUUCCUACAGACCUAUUCCCAGGAAGUUUCACUUACUGCAGGCUCUAGGAAGAGUCACCUGAUCUUCCCACAGCCCAACUAUGCAGACACGCUCAUUAGCCAGGAGAGCUGUGGGAAAAGCGAGCCUCUUAUAAUACCUCAAGAUUUACUUGAAACAAAAGAAGACUCCAUGCUGCCUGAGGAAAAUGAAUGCAACUGCAAUUAA